CUCACUCGAUAUUCCUAGUAACGACAACAUCUAAAAGUCUACAUAAGUAAAUCAUAAAUUUUGUAUUCCUUUCCAUCAUGAAUUGUACGGUUUGCAAGAAAGUGACUGUUGUGCCCUUUUCGAAUUCACAACCGUUUCGCGUUUGUGUGUGCUUGGAGGGGCAUUACCAAUGUCUUGACUGCGAUGAGGAGAGAAAAUUCAUCUGUGGCCAAUGUGGCAGUAUGACCUUCCCGAUACACGUAAGAGCAGAAUUGGACAGAUCGGAGUUCAAGGGAUCCAGUUCCGACAGUUCCCUCGUGGAAUCGGUGCAGCCCGUGAAUAAUAAUAAUAUAACCACCGUUUCGAGUAGUUCCAGCAGUCGAGUCGGCUUGAACGACUCCGAGGACCCUCAACCUGAAUCCUUGGAUGUUGCCAAAAACCCGAGUGAUUCUCGUCGCGAACAUAGUAGUUCCUCAGACGUUACCAAAGCGAAUGAGGAAGUUCCAGUAAAAUGUCAAGAAGAUAAGCCCCUGGAAACUCUUCAUAAAAGUCCAGAUAGUGUAAAUGAAAUUAUAGCCGAGACUGCCCAGGAUUUACCGGAAAUAGCUACUUCUUUUAACAACAAUCUUAGGUCCACAAAUGAGAAGCAGAAAGCUGAUUUGAACGCGAUAUUAGAUAAAUAUAUAUACAAAAAAGACCAUCAGGAAUCGUUGGAUGUUGCCAAAAACCCGAGUGAUUCUCCUCGCGGACAAAGUAGUUCCUUAGACGUGACCAAAGCGAAUGAGGAAGUUCCACAGAAAAGUCAAGAAGAUAAAGCCAUGGAAACUCUUCACAAAAGUCCAGAUAGUGUAAAUGAAAUUAUAGCCGAUACUGCCCAGGACUUACCGGAAAUAGCUACUUCUUUUAACAACAAUCUUAAGUCCGCAUAUGAGAAGCAGAAAGCUGAUUUGAACGCGAUAUUAGAUUACUAUAUAUACAAAACUCUUCAUAAAAGUCCAGAUAGUGUAAAUGAAAUUAUAGCCGAGACUGCCCAGGAUUUACCGGAAAUAGCUACUUCUCUUAACAACAAGCUUAAGUCCACAAAUGAGAAGCAGAAAGCUGAUUUGAAUGCGAUAUACGAUAGCUAUAUAUACAAUACAGACCAUCGGGAACCAUCAGGACCAUCUUAUACGGAAAAAAAUAGGUAUCCAACGAUUUAUGUAAAAACCAGGUACCCAAAGGUAAGGGAUAUCAGAUCCUGCACUGAAAGGGAGAGACUUUUACAAAUACAAGGUGUAAAUUCAGGGCUUGUAUCAUUGAAGCCACAACAAAAAUAUCUGUACUUCAGCUGUCAAUUAUUGCCCAAACAUCAAUCUCUCGGAUGGCCCACAUCAGAAGCUAAAAAAGAGUUGGCCAAUGAUAUAUCUCAGGUUCGACGUGUUCGCUAUAAUUGUUCAAAUUCGGAUGCGAGUCCCUGUGAACUAGUUGAGUGUCCCGAAGUUUUCCUCAAAAAUAGAUCUAAACGGGUGAAUUUACCCAUUUCAUUUGAGAGCUUGAAGGAGGUCAAUGUUUUGUUCACAUGCCCUGAACCACAUUGCCAACAAUGCCUGAAUGGGUUCCAUAUCAAUUGUCAUUUCACCUGUGAUCAUUUGCUGUCGAUCGUGGCGCAAUUAGAACUGAAUAGAUCAAUGAUACUUGACCUCAAUUUGGCAGACGUCUCUAAAGGAGCAAAGGUUCUGGCCUUAAUGCAACUGAAGAGAGUAGUAUCUGGAUAUACCAUGAUGGUGGGAGAUCUGUUACCGGUCUGCAUAAUGAGAAUGCACGUUAAGUUGAGUGAAUUGCUGGGAAAUUGCGAUCGAGAUGAGCGACUAACACUGGUUUGGGCUGCUACUAUUACCUCAAAAUCAUUGCCCUUGAAAGUCAGUCUGACAUUAUGGCCGUCGUUUGGGGACGGCUCCGGGAGUAUGGUAUCGUACACCGGAAGUCCCUACCCAAUUCAAGAAUCUACUCGACCCUCGGAAUUGAUCCGGAGUGGGACGGUAAUUAUUCUAUCAGCUGAGCAGGUGAAUUCCUUGACUGAAAAUGGUAAAUGUUUUGUUAAUGCCAAGUUUGUGGGGAUGCUGGGCCCACUAAAGGAAGAUAUAAGUGGGUAAAAUGUUUAUGUCCGUUUGAAAAUGUAUAUUGAAAGGAUAACACAAUAUGGAGAAAUUCAAAUUCCAAAUUCGGGCCGAAAGAAGCCAUACAAUGUGUUCAGAAAUAGCAAUUAGAAAAAAAGGACUCAAAUAACACGGAUUGGUAAAUCGAAACAAAAUGCACAUAAUUUUCAAACAAGCUAAUAAUACGUAGAAAUUCAAAAAGGAAAUCAAGUAAACCAGAACAUUUCGGAAAAUAAAUUUAAAGAUCUGUAGAAAGCAAGUUGGUGCUUCUUUGGCAUUUUUCGCAUUCUCUUUUGGAAAAUUAGAAAAGUGUAAAAACAGGACAAGAUAAUGUGGCCAGGACGAAACAGGAGGGAGAAUAGAUCUAAGGAAAGCGACACUCAAUUUGCGAAAUGCAAUAAAUUGAAUGAAAAGUGUGAAAAUGAAGAGGAGUCAUCAGCAUCGGCGACAACACUAACGACCAAACAGAGACGGAAACAGGAGCGAGCGGGAUGGAUGGAGAUAGAGCGAGCGCUAAGAAAGCCGGAAAAUGUAAAUGAAAAUUCAAGAAAAUUUAAUAAUAAAAACAUCAGCAUUAAGUGAAACGCAUAAAAUCCAAUGAAACGUAAAAGGCGCCCGCUGGACCUUCAUCCUGUUGUGUUCUCGUUCGCCGUCUCUUUCUACACCCCAUCCCCCGUCUCUUUCUGGUCGGGAGGAGGCAGUGCCGUACCCCAAAGGGACCCCCUUCCAUUCGUGGAACUCUGCCUACGCCACUGCACGGAUGUAUGUGGAAAAUAGCGACGGGUAAUCACAUUUCUCUGGUAUAGUAUGGCAGUAUGGCAGUGUCUUGCAGCCGGCAGGAUAUGCUCAAUUGAACAUGUUGAUUACUGACAGCGCGUCCUGACCCACCGAAUCCACAGCCCACAGCCCACAACCCACCACCCACCGCCCACCGCACCACUGCAAAUGAGGAGUCAAUUGAAAAUCAAGUUAGAGCCGGCUUUAAUGGAAUUAGUUCUACAUGGCAACGAGGCAUCUGCGAGAUGC